UAAGUUUGGAUCGAGAUCAUUUAAGUCAGAUCUACUUUACUAAUUGCUAAGUCCACUCGAAAACAUGAUCUACAUUUACGAAUUUACCCGUAAGUCAUAACUCCACCGCGUUUUCCCUAAGAAAGGAAAUCCACAACCGGAGCAGCAACCAAGACGAAGAGUGCGAUAGAGAGAAUGCAGCAGAGGAGAUCGGCAGCCGGCAGGCCAUCAGGAACUGAUGGCUCCGACUUUUCCUAUCGCAUGGUGGUUGAUUCCAGGUACACUAAAGUUGCCAAAGGGAAAUCUCGUCUCUCUUUUCUCCUCUUAAUUCAGGGUCUCGUCUUAUUUGUUGGUGCCAUUUUAAUGUUGUUAUCAAUGAUAAAGGGAGAAGAUUCUGAUGUGCUCCGUCUUUCAUCAAUUGUUCUCAAUUUUCUUUCUCUUCUUGUUUGUGAAUUAGGUCGUAGGCGAAGCCGAUCACCACUGUUGAAUAUUUACUUGAUUGUGUCAUUCGUAGCAGUGGGCCUCUCAGUAGCUUGUGUAAUGAAGACCAAUCUCCUAUUUGAGGUUAUUCAAAGUGGGGUUGCGGACUGCUGGGAAAAACAAAGCUUGCAGCUCAUUGAAGCUCUUCGUGUUUUCAUUGAUUUGUUGGUGAAGAUAGUUGCUGUGACUACCACUAGAUCUCUGAUUUAUAACAUGUCUCCUCCUAAAAGAUCGUCUUGACCUUCCGCCUUCAAUCUGAGCCAUUCUGGCAGAUUCUCAGAUUUUGUUGAACUUUUCAAACUUAAAGUUCCAUUGAUACCAGAAACUACAGAAUUUCUAAGGUUCCAGUACAGCAGUACCAAAUUUUGUGAAUCUUUAGCUCUAAAAUCUUGUCAUUUGUAUACUGCUUUACUGAAUUGUGAAAGGUUAAUUUUGUAAGGUUAUUAUUUCGAUUUACUGCUGUAAAAAUGACAUUACAUUUUAAAACUAGUUCCGAAUCUCUCAAAAUCUUAUCUUGAAAGUUUUUUAA